AUGGGUGGGACAGCGGCUGUGGGAGAUGUUGGGUUUGGUGAAAGUGGGGUUUCGUGGACCGGUGAUGUUAGAGUUUCUUGGACUGGUGAUGGGGGAGAUUUGAUGAUGGGUGGUGGUGGGGAGUCAGUAACGACAGGUGAAGAUGCUCCUUGGACUGGUGAUGGUGAAGGGGUUACUUGUGGUGGUGGGGAUGUAGCUUUUGGUGGUGGAGAUGGAGUUUUUUGUGGUGGUGAUGGAGCUUUUGGUGGUGGUGAUGGAGCUUUUGGUGGUGGUGAUGGAGGUGUGAUUGGGAGUUGGCUUUCCUCCCCAAGAUCGGGCACACCAUCAACAACUUGGUUUUCUUCCCCCUGA